CAAUGAAGGCAAUAGAUGGCGGUGGAAGGCAGACUCGGCGCGGCUCACAAGUCACGGGCUGUGCUUCCCUCCAACUCCAGUGUGAUUCUUGACGUGGUGCGGGGAGGGUGUGCGUGCGUCCGCUCCGCCUCGCGUCCAUACCACACGUUGAAGACUGGAAUAUAUACCACGCCCACACCACAUGGAAGGAACAAGGAAAAUGUGACGAUAGAUAAGAGAAAUUUAUCUACUACGAAUUUGCAGGUGGCGGCGGCGGCCAUGGGGACCCGGGGAGGAGGGGGCGGGGGUGACGUGUUAGCCCCCCGCCGGCCCUGCCCCCCCACCCACCAGGCCAUGGAUCAAAAGGGCGUCGUGGAGGAGGGACGCGGACGGCCCGCCACCAAGGUGUCCAAAAUCGCGGGCAUGUUCCAGGGCGGCGUGUGUGGCGCGGGCGAGGAGGGCGGUGGCGGCGGUGCUGGGGAGAGCGGCCCCGCUGCAGCCACGGUGGUGCGCACUGAGUCCCACCUGGCGCGCUUCAACACCGCCCGCGCCCUCUUCGAGAAGAUGGGCCAGGGCGAGGCGCGCCCCGUGGCUCCACGCGCCAAUGCCACCGCCCCUGCCGUGGUGAAGGCGCCUCCCGCCAAGGCUGAACCUGAGGUGCCCAGGGGCGUGGCGACGCGGGGCGGUGUGGGGUCGGUGCGGCGCCCCCUGGGUGAUGGUGGGGACUCCCACCUCAGCCCACGGGGGGACUCACUCUCUCCUGCCUCCUCCCGCUCCACCUCGCCCAGCCCCGCCCGCCCCGCCGCCAAUGGCCACGCCCACCACGAGGAGGGUCCCCGCACGGGCCUGGCUAGCCUGGGAGGGCUGCGGCGCCCCGGCUCUGCCUCCAGCCGCUCCCUGUCCGCCUCCAGCACGGACAGCGAUCCCCCGCAGCGCCGCUGGCCCCCAGCCCGCGCCGCAGACCCGCCCGCAGACCAGCCAGACCCUGCCCGCCGCUGGCCGCCACCCGCCCGCGGCACGGAGCCGCCGCGCACUAACGGCGAGGGCGUGCGGCGGGCGUCGCGACCCGAGAAGCCUGUCAAGCCGGAGAGCCUGGAGAAGCGCGCGCCGGCGGGCGGCCACGACGCCCACCAGGAGCUGCUGGCGCGGCACAAGAACUGGUUCCAGUCCUUCGCCAAGAACCGUUCCACCACCGCGGCGCCCGGCAGGCCACUCUCACCCUCCAAGGGCGAUGCGCGCCCCGCCUCACCCACCAAGAGUGACGGGGGCGGCGCGCCGCUCUCCCCCGCCAAGGAGGAGCCGCGCUGUGACGACUGGCGCGCCGCCCUCUCCUCCAGGCCAGACCUCAGAUCCCCUCGCGCCGGCCAGGAGAGCGAGCGGGCCACCACUCCCCGGGGGAGGGACGAGGCCCCUGAGGGCACCACCACCACCACUCCCCCCUCGUCUACCACCUCCACCACCUCCACCUCCAUCAUCACCACCACCGUCACAUCCUCCGCCACCAACAACAACAUCAUCACCCCCAUCACCACCGCCAUCAACAACAACAACAACAACAGUACCUGCCUCACCACCACCACCACCGCCACCACCACCACCAUCACCACCACCACCAGUAGUAGCCUCACCACCAGUAGCCUCACCACCACCACAACCACCACCACCACCACCAGCGGCAGGGCGGCGGCGGGCGGCAGCGGCGGCGCCAACGAGCAGGAGGCUUGGACCAGCGUGCUGCAGACCCGCUAUGGCACCCGCGCCCGCCCCGACCUCUACUCCCCUAGAACGCGCGCUGACGGUGAAGGAGGCGGCGGGGGCUGCGGCGGCGGUGGCGUAGGAGGCGGCGGGGACUGGAGGAAGGAGAGAGCGGCAAUCCUACAAGGUCGCUCGGGGAGUCGUCACGGCGAGGAUGAGGUAGUGACCAAGGGCUUCACCAGGACACACUACCCUGACGCACCACUCGGCCCACGCUUUGAAGACGCCUCCACCUUGCAAUCCCACUGGGCGCCCCCCUCGAGGUACGGCGUCGCGGAGGGCCCUUCAGGAGACCAGGGGAGCCACGUAGCCGCCCCUGAGAAGUCCCUGAAGGAGGUAAACAAUGUAGAAAGGUUCCGCAUCAGUAAAGAAAACGGGAAGUGUGAGGUGGAGGAGGCGAAGAAGGAUGAAGCGGACUUGAUAGUGAGUGAAAGUGUUGUCCUGAAGGAUGCCGCUAAGGAGAAGGACGCCCCGCCGAGUCCUGCAGCCCCCGCGGAACCCCUGGCGAAGGAGGCGCUGGUGGAGGAGAGCGUGGAGAGGGCGCGGCGAGUGGGGCACACCAAGGAGGACAGUGAGGUGGUGAACGCCCUACUAAAGGAGAGCCUGCUGGGGCCACGGCGGGAGGAGGGCGUGGAGAAGGUGCAGAAGUCCCCUCGCGGUAGACACACGCAGGAGGAGACGGAGGAGAGGCGGAGGGAGAGCAGCGAGGAGAGUGGAGGAGAGGAGAGGGGCGUGAGAGGCUGCAGGAGGCUGUGGGAGGGGCGGGCGGAGGAGAGGGAGAAGAGGGGGGUGAGACAGACCACACCCCCUGCCCACCACCGUGUGCCCCCCACCCACACCUCACCCAAGGCACCCCACACACCCCACAGGACCAACACACCACCACAGGCCCCUCCCACACCCCCACGAGCGGCAUCACCCCGUCCACCGCCUCCGUCACCCCCACCGGCCCCUGUAACACCCCCACGAGAGCCAUCACCACCACCAGCGCCUCCGUCACCAGUAGCAGUCACCCCACCGCCAAUUGACACACCCCCGGAAGCUGAAAACGUCCCUGAUGAGCCUUUACCCUCUGCAGCAGACAUCAGCCCGCCGCCCACGCCUCCUUCACCGCCGCUGUCAGGAGAUGUGGUGGUGGCGGGCGUGGUAAGCGUCCUGAAGGCGGAAACUGUGUAUGUCUCCAGCAGAGACCUUUCCACACUUGAUGACUCGCGCCGGGACCCCCCAAGGACGUCCCCGGGGGCAGACAGCUCGCCGGAGGAUAAGAGCAAGGAGACAGGGAGGCAGGAGACGCUGGAGGAGGAGGAAGAAGAUGAGGAACACCCUGACGAAGUAGAGAAGGUAAAACGGCAGCUCUUCCCUGACCUUCUCCCGGAGUGUGCCGUGCGUGGAGAUGACCUGGGGGCGGCGUCACCUCCACCACCCCCCCUUGUGCCGUGUGAGGGGGAGACUGUCAUGCCCCCGCCUCCCCUAAGUCCCAGAACACAGUCUAUCGCUGCCCUGGACGCCCUGAUUCAUGGCAGACCGAAGGAGGAGGAGCUGCCCUGCCCUUCUGUCCCUCCACUCACUCACGACCCCCACGCCACGACUCACGCCCCCCACGCCUCGCCGCUGCAGGAGGAGGAGGAGAUUGUUUACGACCAUACUGUCACCUCGGCUCAACAUAAACUGCAGUUCUGCACCUCGCCAGUCACCGUUGAGGGGUUGGCGCCCCCUGACAAUGCCUCCACCACCUCCAGCAGCCAUGCAAGCAGUGACCCAGAGCCCCUACCGCCUCCCAUACCCCCUCACGCAGCGCCACCCAUCCCUGCCCCGGCCUGCCCCUCCCCCUCGCCGUCUGACCCCGAGGUGAUGACAGCAGAGGAAGCCCAGCGGUUACUAAGUGCCAACAUUGUGGAGAGUAGAAAAAGAGAGAACCAGAGCGUACUGUCAGACGAGGAGGCACAAGAGGUCGUUUUGCUUCUAUCCCCAACCGACAAGACAGCCCCCAACCUCCCACACCCUCAGGAGACAGCCCCACCCCCUGUGCCCCCCCACUACACCAAGCCAGGUCAAGGGGAUGAGUAUGACAGCAGCUUGACCCCACACUUUGACCCCAGUUUGACCUCUCCCUUGAGUCCCGAGGAGGAGCCUUCUGAACAUGACUCCUCAGAAGGGUCAGGUGUUGGCAGUGAGGCCUUCCAGGUGACGAGGGUGAAGGAGGUGUUGGUGGAGGAUGGCGUUCACUAUUUAGAGGACGGUCACUUCUGGGUGGAGGUUCCCGGCAUCCCAGAGGAGGAGGAGGAUGAGGAGGAGGACAUCAUCAUUCCCUUCCACCCACCCACACGCCUCACCUUCUCCACUCAGCCUGUCCAGGUAUUCAGUACGUACUCCGUCACUGAGUAUGACCGGAAGAAUGACGAGGUGGAUCCUGUGGCGGCCAGUGCGGAGUAUGAGCUGGAGAAGAGAGUGGAGAAGAUGGAUGUAUUCCCUGUGGAGAUUAUCAAAGGUGAGGGCGGCCUGGGACUAAGCAUCAUUGGCAUGGGUGUGGGGGCUGACGCAGGUGUAGAGAAGCUGGGUAUCUUCGUUAAGACCAUCACACCUGGGGGAGCCACUGAGAAGGAUACCAGGAUACAAGUGAAUGACCAGAUCAUCGAGGUGGACGGGAAGAGCCUGGUGGGGGUGACGCAGGUGUUUGCAGCGUCCGUCCUGAAGAACACCAGCGGGCGAGUGCAUUUCCUCAUUGGCAGGGAGAAAGACCCGGAGAACAGCGAGGUGGCCAUUCUCAUCAAGCAGUCCCUUCAGGCUGACCGAGAGAGAGAAGAGAGACGCCGUGCUUUAGGUGGCCCAGACUACGACCCCCACACUGGACACGGCCUUUACGACACCCUCUCAUCCCCGUCGGAGGAGAACUCUCGCUCGGAGGACAUGCCGAGCCAGCACCACCACCACCACCACCACUACCCAAGCUACAUGGAUGGCGGAGGGGUGGUGGUGGGAUCAGCGCCUACCUCCCCAGACCACACAUCCUCCCCACCCCCAGAAGUGUUUGAUUUGGAGGGAGACACUUCAGACACCUCCCCUGACAAUGACAUAGGAAUGCUCAAGCUGAAACUGAAAGAGGUGCAGUACAGGAAUGCCGUGGCUGAGGCAGAGAUAACGAAGCUCAAGAUGUCGCUGCUGGAGAUGGAGAAGGUAGUGACAGAGAACACGCAGUACACCGCCCAGCUUAUGGAGACCCAGGGGAAGGUGGCUGAGCUGGAUUCCAAGCUGCAGAGUAAGGAGACAGAGGUGGCCACUUACCAGGACAUGCUAGAACAGUCACAAGGCCAGUUCAUCGUGCUGGAGAAGAAAUACACCAAGGCCAAGAAGAUUAUCAAAGAGUACCAGGGAAGGGAGAGGGACUUCCUGCAUAGAGAGGAGUAUCAUAUCACCCAGUUGGAGGACAAGGACUCCCACUACAAUGCCCUCGUCAAGGCUCUCAAGGAUCGGGUAAUACAACUAGAGCAUGAACUCACAAAGGCUCAAAAGAGUGCUGGGCUGCCUGUUCAAGUCCCCACAGAUUCCAGCACUCAGCCGGCUUACUGGAACCUACAACAGAGUGCCCAGAAUGCAGCUAUGUCUAAGCCCCCCCGCAAGCCUGGCCUGUGCACCAUAGACCCGGAUAUAUCAGACACCGACACGUCAGACCCAGGCACAUCAGAGGGGGAUAAGGCCAACACUGUGGAGAGGAAGCUGCCUGUCAAGGAGGAGCUGGACGAAGCUGUACCACCCCAUGAACUGCUUGAUGUGUCCGCCAGUCGAGCCAAGGGGGAGCUGGCCUCUCGCGGCGGCCUGGCCAACCGACACCUGCCCUCCCUCAAGAAGACCACCAGUAUGAGCAGUGCCAGCAGCCAGGACCAGAGUUUGGAUGAGAGCAGCCUGGACGAUGACCUCCCAGAAGCCCUCAAACAACAGCAACAGCAACAGCAGCAGCAACAGCAAUCGUUCCUGCAGCAGCACCCAGCGGAGCAUCACCACCACCAUCACCACCACCACCAGGAGGAUCACAGCAGCAGGAGGUCAGCAGUGAUGGCAGCAGACAACCCCCCCCUGCUGCAGGACACCCCUCUCACCCACCACCCCCCUACCCAUGCCCCUGCCUCAUCCCCCAGUAGUGGUGCAGUCCCCCCUACCAAAGUCACACACCAACCCCCACCCCCAUCCUACUCCCAGGCCACCAUGGGGGGUGUUGGGGGUGUGGCCAUGGGUGCACACCUCCCACCACAUCACCACCACCCCACCCCACCCCACCAUACCACCCACCCCCAGCACAGCAGUUCCCACAGCCCCCUAGACAGCCCCUCAUGCCCCCACACCCUCUCAGCCAGUCCACCCCGGGGCAGUGGGGUCUUUGAGGGUGCCGCUCCCCCCCAUGACUCCCGCCCCGAGAUCCCGUACCGCCACCCGCCCCCCGUGGCGCGCGUCCUGCCGGUGAACAGGGCCGAGAUAUCAGAAUCGUCGAGUCUGGCAGCCCACCUGGCCAGCCGCACCCCACAGCAGCACAGCCUCGCCGAGCAGCUCAAGGCACUGCUGGCCGAGAGGGAGGUGGAGGGAGAGGGGCCCUCCCCACGCCUGGACCGCGACGUCAGCCCCAGCAAGCGUUCCCCCACCAGCCUGAUGGAAGAUGUGCGGCAGGCAGUCAUGCAUGCAGACGUCUCCUUGGGUAAGAAGCCUCAUAUAAGCGGUCCCUUGUAUGUGUCGUCAACAGCCCAUCACCUGGUGAGUCCAGGGCACCACCAGGUGGCCCCGCCCUCCGCCACGUCCCCACAGAGGUCACAGUCUGCCUUCUACACCCCCGUGAGUAAGGCCAGCCGAGAGUCACACCGAGAGGUCCCCAGUGGCGGCUCCCAGUCCCCCAAGCUGGGCCGCGCUUCACCAGGUGCCUCGGUCAGCCCCAACCCAGCAGGUGGUGUGGUGCUACUGAGUCAGCGCUCCCUUGACAGCUCCAGCACUCCCUCACACAAGGGAUCCACAGGUGUAGACGCCAGCAGCGGGGAGCUGAGCAGCGGUCCCGCCUCCCUGGGCUCGGGGGAUGAGGGGUCGGGGGCCUCGCUUGGCUCCCAGACCUCCCUCACCCACCCUCAGCCGCCCCCGCCUACCGAGCACCGCUCCAAGCGCUCCCACAUGUGGCAGACUGCCCCUGUGGUGGACUGGACCAAGGAGCAGGUGAGUCAAUGGCUGGUGGUGCAGGGCCUGGAGGGAUGCGUGGCCAAGUUUCAAGACAUGGCCAUCACCGGUCCAAGGCUUCUCAACCUAGACGCCCGAGACCUCAAGAACCUCGGACUUCCUACCGAUGAUAAGAACAGGAUCAAACGCAAGGUGAAGGAGCUGCGUCUGGCUGUGGAGAAGGAGAGGAAACAGAUUGAGAAGGAAAAGAAGGGAAGAGAGAAGCUGCAGAAGAAGGCUGAGAAACUGGCAGAGAAAGCAGAACGCAAGAAGAAGUAAAGAACAACACAGAAAAAAGAGGAGAGAGAAACUGCAGGAGAUGGAUAAAGCAGAACACGAGAAAUAAAAGAUAGAACACGCAACAGAGAGAGAGACAGAAAAAGGAACCAACUCCACACCAGUAAGAAACAAACUGGUCAACUCAACAUGUACGCAUAGAAAAGCUACAUGUGCGUGUAUUUCUGGACCAAAAUACUCCCCGGUGAGCUAGUUCCAUGUGUGCGUGUGUACGUGGGGCGGACCAGAGCAGGAGUGUGGGGCAGGGCGGGGCAGUGAGUGGAGGCCCCAACCCUGAGGAGCCCUAAAAGAGGAGGACAGAUUAUAACGGUUAACAUUCAUUCCUCUUGUACCUUGUAGUUUUUCCCCCAAGUCUUCCCUAAUGACCCUCUGUUGUCAGGCGCUUCCCAGGAGAGUCAGAGAGAGAGAGAGAGAGAGGAUAAAUGAGUUAGGUAAGCCAAUAUUAUGUUUGAAAGACAGAAAGACAGAGAGGAUGAAUGAAAUGAAAUAGCCUAGAGAGAGAGUGAGAGAGUAUGAAUGGAUGAAUGAAUAAGUUAAUCCGAUGAAACGGUCCUAAUAGUGUUUUAAAUAAGGAGAGUGAGAGUGAGUUUGAAUGAAUGAGUUAAAAUUAAUCCGAUGAAACUGUCCUAGUAGAGUUUUAAGUAAGGAGAGAAAGAGAAAGAAAGUGAGAGAGCAAGCAUGAAUGAGUUAAAAUUAAUCCGACAAAAUGGUCCCAGUGUUGUAAGUAAGACCCACCAAGACCCUCCAAUGACAACCAAAACUCAAGAAUAAGAAAAAAUUGGUUGUGCGUGUGAGAAGUGACUUGUUGACAGAAGAAAACGGUAGAAAGUUGUGAAGAAAACGUGAGUGUGUGGUGAAGUGGAGGCCGGAAUCACCACAUAGAAAACAAGGACAGUAGUGGAAUGUGGAGUGACUGGUGACUGAGUGUGGUGGAGAGGCCUGCCCUGGGUGACUGCCACGAGGAAGAAAACGGGAUAACUGCUCAGUGUAAAUAGCUACUAAGGACCACACACUCGGGGACCAAUGGCGUGGCAGGUCAGGUCACAGAGAGGUCACCCGUUACUGGCCAACCAAUCAGGAACAAGGUAGUGUAAGAUAAAGUGGUCAUGAAGAAUCGUCUCUUCCGACCCCAGUGGCACUUCCAGGAGGCACUCAGAGGGGGAUUUGAACUGUUGGCACUGUGGUGUGGUAAUGUGGUGGUGUGGUGGUCUGCAUUUAAUUUAACCUGAUGGUGGUGAUUGUGACGAGUUGGUUGGAUCAUUCUGUGUGUGUGUGUGUGUGUGUGUUAAGAGGAUGCAGUAUUUCAACAGUAUUUCAUCACGUUUGAUAAAACUACAUGACACUGGACAAACAGGCAGCAUGAGAGAGAGAGAGAGAGUGAGUUUGCUACCCUUUAUUUCUAGUCUUUCUUCAUUCUUUCUUAUACCUUACUUAACAUUCCUGAAUUAUCCUCCUUACUCACUCUCCCUACUUUCAUUUUCCUUUAUUGUCUCUCUCUCUCCUCUCCUCUCCUCUCUUCUUCUCACUUCCCUACCCUUUCCCUCACUCCUAACCCUUCUCUUACCCUUUAUUCCCCUUCAUUAUCCCUCUCUUAUUCCCUUUCAUACCACCUCUCUUUCCUCCUCCCCCAUCACCCUACUGUUCCCCAACCGAUCCCCUCCAGCUGCCCCCCACCCUCCGAGUCGUGGCUAUACUUUGUCCCACCAAGCGUGUCACAGUAAUUGUGUCUCCUGAGGUCACCAGAACAUGGGAACACUGCCACUCACUGAUGCUUUCCCUCACUCAUUGGUUUGUUGACUUACUCCUGCCCUUUCUUGAACUGUACUGGAAACUGAAGAUUAUUUGAGUUGGAAUUGUGUGGUGUUUUGAUUUUUGGGGUAGAAUUGAAUGUUAGCUGAAGUCUGCAAUCAGUGAAAAAUGUAAUGGUAUCUUGCUUAACUUUAUUGGGUAGAAAUUAAUGUUUGCUGCAAGUUUCAAAAGAUUAAGAGUAAUUGAAACGUUUCUAGCAGUCGGCGAAAAGUAUCACAUCUUAACUUUUUUGGGAAGAAAUGGGUGUUUACUGCAAAUUCUAAAGCAUUAGUUAAAUUUUUUGUUUCUUACAGUCAACGAACAAGAAAUUAACGUACAAAAUAGGGAUAAAUCAAGUUGGAAUGAGAGAGGACACCAGUCAGUUAGUGUUACCAUGUCCUCGUGUCCUCAGGUGGCUGAAUUACUGUGGCAGGUGUGGUGUGAGGAGCAUAGGGCGCCGUCUUCCGCCUACCGCUGCUGUUAGGCGAGCAGAGUGGCUGUUAAGGUGUGUGUGGUGAGGAUGGCUGGAACGAAUACUCCCUCCCUCCCACUAGCUCUUCCUUCCUUCUUUCUCUUCGCUUUCCUCUCUUUGGUCAUCUCCCAUCUCUGUUUCUCUUCCAUUCUCUCCUCAUCCCUUGCUUUCCUACUGUUCCUUUUCCUUACUUUUUUCCUCUUCCUCUCUCCUUGCCCCUUUCCCUCUUCUCUCUCCUCAUCCCUUUCGUCCUUUUCUCCCUCUCCCUCUCCCCAUCCUUUUUCCUGCUUUUCUAUCUCCUCAUUGCUUUCCCUCCUCUCCCUUUCCUCUUCCCUCAUCCUUUUCCCUCUUAUCUCUGGUUUCUCCCUUCCUCUCUUUUUCUCUCUUUUUCACACCAAUAUUUUAUCAAUUGAUUUUAGUAAUGAAUUAAUCAGCUGUUUUAAAAUGUUUUAUAUAUUUUAAAAAAAUUGUAACUUUUAUAUAUAAACGUGAGUAAUUUAAAUUUUAUGUGUAAUUUAUAUCUAGUUUUAUUUGCAUGUUUGUCAGAGAGAGAGAGAGAGCAAGCCUGUAACACACACACACACACACACACACACUUAAGAAGAAGAAGAAGAAGAAGAAGAGGCAAGCAAUUUAACCCCAAAACCCCCAAAAUGACACUCGCCUUUCAUUCCACCUCGUAUUGACCCCCCAAGCCCCCCUACCCACACCCCAACACUGGUACCCCCCUCCCCCAAUAACCCCAAGCCCCUAUGAUAGCCACACCGCCUCCCCACCUCUGCGCUAAGCUAAACCCCGUGGUACCCCUUCCCGGCCCCCUCCCCUUUACCUAUAUAUUCCCCCUUUACCUGUACAUACUGACAAGUAAUUAUCGAGUCUGUAUAUUUACCUGUGCUUUUGUAAAAUAAUGAUAAUAAAAUGUUUAAAGUGGC